GAAGACGACGCCUGCUGCGCCCCGCCAAGGGUGACAGGGGAGGAAAGGAGUGAGGAAGCAAGGGGGAAAGGGAUCAUACUAGGAGAAAGGAAAGGGCACGAGGGAAGGAAGCGAAGGGGAGGGUAGAGGAGGAGGAGGGGGAGAGAGAGAGAGAGAGAGGGGCUGGCUGGCUUGUGGAUGUAGCUCUAGCUGUGAGCCGGGGGGUGAGCUACCUAGCCCGGGCUGCUCUGCCGAAACAUCCAUGGGUGGCUGUGUCGGGAGCCACCACGACUCCUCGGGCAGCUUAAACGAGAACUCGGACGGCACUGGAGUGGCUCUAGGGCGUAACCAGCCCCUGAAGAGAGAGCGGCCUAAAUGGAAAAGUGACUACCCGAUGACUGAAGGCCAGCUGCGCAGCAAGAGAGAUGAGUUCUGGGAUACGGCGCCAGCAUUCGAGGGCAGGAAGGAGAUCUGGGAUGCGCUGCGGGCUGCUGCCAGCGCCUUUGAGAGCAAUGACCACCUGCUGGCCCAGGCCAUCCUUGAUGGGGCCAGCAUCACACUGCCGCAUGGAGCUCUGACAGAAUGUUAUGAUGAACUGGGGAAUCGAUACCAGCUGCCAGUCUACUGCCUCUCUCCUCCCGUCAACAUGAUUGAAGAGCGCUCUGAAGAGCUCGAUGGUUCGGAUCCAGACUCCGGGGCCGCAGACCCAUCCACGGGCAGCGUUGGCGACCCAGGCUCAGGAGGGGAGUGCCAGCUUCGGCUCCGGCUCUCCACGGGCCGCGACAUCCGGCUGGUGGUCCGUUCCACAGACACCGUGGGCGUGAUGAAACGUCGCUUACAAAGUCAUGAGGGCGUGCCUGCUGCAACCCAACGCUGGUUUUUCUCAGGUCGGCCACUGACAGACAGGCUGCGCUUGGACCAACUCAACAUCUCCAGGGACUAUGUAGUGCAAGUCAUUCUCAGCCAGCCACCACCACCAGAGCCGGUAUCAACACCGGGACACACACCAGAGGCCUCCGGGCCAGUGGCUGUGGAAGGAGUGGCUGCAAUGCCACAAGAACCCACGCCAGUGGAGAACUAAUUCCCCCUCACCUACAGCCCGGAGGCAGAAGUAUAAAAAGAGGACAACAAGGGAGACACAAGAAUUCUAAUUGAUUUGCACUCUUCUCUUCUCCUCUCUCUUUAUUUUUGCAGAGAAGGGCUUUGUUUGGGCAGGGUCAGCUGUCUGCCGGAGCUAAAGGACUCUUGCAUUGAGAAAAGACUCUUCCUUUUGGUUUUACACGUUGAAAUUUUGACAUUUUUGAAGUCUUUUUAACUGUUCCUAUGGAAACCAAACAACAAAAUGAGACCUUUGUCAGGUGGCUUAAGGGGUUUUCUUAGCAACACUGAUGUUUAAAUGUUUCUGUUUCAGUUUCCAUUCAAGUUCUGCUCUCUGAAGCUUGGUCGGCAGAAUUCUCUUUCUGAGGCUACAGGGUUAUACACACAUUUUCAACACGAUCAGUUUAGAAAGAGAGGAUUGAAGAUGAACAUCCCCCAAACAUGACCAAACAUGACAGUUAUUCAGGCAAUUAUUCUUAAUUCUAUGUUUAUCAAAACAAGAACUUCCUCUCUGGGGGAUUCCGUCAGUAUGCUAACAGCUGUAAAGAAAGGUUUGUAUUGUGUAUGUGUGAGGUUGCAGUCAGGGGGCACAACAGUAUUUUACCAAACUGCCGCUGUAUUAGAUGCUUUACUUCACUUUGCUUCACAAAACAAUCGGAACAAUCAGUGUGUGUGUGUGCGUGUGUGUGUGCGUGUGCGUGUGUGUGUGUGUGUGCACUUAUGUUCAAGACACAACCACCUGUAUUCAUAUGGCAAAACGAUGGAACAGAAACACAGUUGCAUAUUUUGAUGAAAAAUAGGUUUUUAAUUAAAAUUGAUCAUUGUUUCUAUU